CGCACGCACGGAUCAUGACUGAGGCUGGUCCAGCGCCUCAAGAGGUUGACGCUACUCUGAAUGUUGGCGCUGUGUUGGGAGUGUCGGGCCUGAGAUUUUGAUUUGUUUCUCUUGAUGGAGACAAUGCAACACAGUGAAGCAACGCUGAGGACAGCUCUAAUAUCUAACCAUAAGGAUGUGAUUGAUCUCUACCAAAAAUUCAGUCCAAGAGUGAAACAUCUCCUAGAAGAAGCUUUUCAGCCAAAUAACAACCUUUUUAAACCUAUUGUGUUACAUUCGAAGUCUGACUGGAUCUAUAGCCACCCAGAGCCAAAGCAAGAUUUCUACGCAUUUUACAGUAGUCCGCAUAGGAAAUCACCAGUUCUUGGGAAAAACAUUAUUUACAUUCAGACCAUUGGUUCAUUUGGUGAUUCACAGACAGCUACUGAGACAUACAUCCACUGGUUAAAGGAAUACUGUGAGUCAUUUUUCUAUGGCCUGAAGAUCAAAUUCUUGGAUCCUGUUUCAGUAUCCCAAAUUGGCUGUGUGUUCCGUGUCAAUACAUAUUCACACAAUCUGCAGAUACAUACAGGUAGUAUUCUUAAGUACCUGCAGAAGAAAAAACCCAAAGAUGCUUUCUGUAUUGUUGGAAUUACGAUGAUUGAUCUUUAUCCUGAAGAAUCCUGGAAUUUUGUGUUUGGACAGGCAUCUCUUACAGAAGGAAUGGGUGUUUUUAGCUUUGCUAGAUAUGAUGAUGACUUUUACAGCACAAACUAUAAAGGAAAGCUGAAGAAAAAGAAACAUCUGGCUCCUGACGAUUAUUCUGUCUUUGAAGGAUACUACACACCACCUAUUGCAAGCAAGUUGCUGCUGAGAUCAUGCAAGACUUUAACGCAUGAAAUUGGACAUAUUUUCGGCAUGCAUCACUGCCAGUGGUUGCAAUGUGUAAUGCAAGGUUCUAACCAUUUAGAGGAGUCUGAUCGACGGCCAAUUGAUCUUUGCCCUAUUUGCCUAAGAAAACUGCAGUACGCCAUUAACUUUGACAUUCAAGAGAGAUAUAAGGCUAUGCUGAGAUGGAUUGAGGACGAUUCUGAUCCUGAGUUUUUGGUUGGAACUGUGCUGGUAUCUCAUAAACCCAUGGAUGCAUUCAAAGACUGGAAAGAAUGGUUGCUACGGUGUCUGCAAGUUUUGGAGGAGUGAACUUUAAUAAAUGCAAGUUACUGAUGGCACUGGUGAGGUGUGGGAUACUUUUGAGCUCUUUAAAAGAAGUUUUCAUUAUUCAUGAAGUCCAAGCUCUACUAAAUCAUUAAUGAUGUGACUAGAUACUGAAUAAAGAAUAUUGUAUACAUUGUGCAUGAUCUUAUAAAUUUGCAUCCGUGCUUUGUUACAGGAAGUCUCAGAAAAUUUGGUGUACGUUUUGAUAAAAAAGCAAAGACAUUUUUGACAUAGUUGUUGAAAAUAUGCUGUGGAUUAUGUAAAAUUCCUACUUAGGAAAAUGAGUGAAGCAUAUCAUUAGGUUGGAAACAGUGAGGACUGCAGAUGUGGAAAGUCAGAGUUGAUAAAGUGUGGAGCUGGAAAAAAACCCAGCAGGUUUAGCUAAUGCUGAGUGGUUGAGAAAACCAAUGAUUAGGCAUAGCACUUACUUAAUACAUUGAUCUUUCAGACUGAGUUACUAAAGUAGUAUUAUGUUUUUGCUCAUCAAAACUGUUGAAUGUUGUGGCACAUGGCAUCAAUUUAAAGUUGAGAUUAUAUUGAUAUUUAGAACCUUGUUUUCUGGGUUUUUGCAGUAUGUAUGACAGUAGGAAAGAGCAAGUAUUUUAGCUUUCUGGAUUGCUUUGGUUUACUUGUAAUUAGCUGCAUUUAGUUUAUCCUUCCUUACAUGUAAACAAGCAGAUUCACAACAGGAUUUAAAGCUGGACCGAUUACCUAGAAAGUCGACUAUGCAAUUUCUUCUAAGUACUACACGGCCUCCUAACUUUCCAAAAUAGUGGCAAGGAAUUGCAUAUAGUAAGUCCAAAGAAAAAGUAUGUUACCCUCCCUGCAAGCAAGCUUUAGGUAUUUUACACCUGCAAAUAAGGAUCCUACUGUUAGCUUGAGGACUCUACUAGAAGAUUGAUUUUCUUUUCUCCCUAAGGCACUUGGUGUCAUUGUGGGAAACUAACCCAACAGAAUCCCAUUGGGAGAGAAAAAGGUGAAGUGACUUAUCUCUGAAUGUCUGAAUCUCUGACCAAACUCUUGUUUCAAGCCUGCUUGACCAUGGCCGAAACUUAGGCGUUCCAGAUCUUUUUGUGUUUUAUGAGCAUGUAAGUGAGUGUGAAAUAUGUUUUGGGAUUUUCACUGUUAAUCUUCGCGAGAUAAUUCUUUUCAAAGAUUUGUCAUGAACUUUGGUUGCAAAAUUUUCUGCUGUUUGCAAUUAUUAUUUUAGUAAUGUAAUGUGAUUACUUCUCUUUAUUUUGGGAGAUAAAUAAAUGUUGCAAGUAAGGGUCA